AUGUCCAAAUUGAUCACCGUCUUCGGAGCCACCGGUACCCAGGGUGGCUCUGUUAUUCGCACUAUCAUUGCCGACCCGAAGCUAUCUAAUGAGUUCCGAGUUAGAGCAGUGACUCGCGAUCCGUGCAAACCAAACGCCAAAGCUCUAGCAGAACAAGGAAUCGAAUUGAUUCAGGGAGAUAUGUCGUCGCCCGCCGACGUCGCAAAAGCAGUGGACGGCGCUCAUACCGUGUACCUGGUGACAAACUUUUGGGACACAAUGUCCGCCAAGCCAGAAAUCCUUCAAGGAAAGAUAGUCACAGACGCUUGCAACAAAGCAGGUGUCAAGCAUCUGAUCUUCUCGUCUUUGAUCAAUGCAGCCAAGGCAACUGAGGGACGGUUGGUCAAUAUCACCCAUUUCGAUGGCAAGGCCGAAGUCGAGGAGUACAUCCGCGAAAGUGGUAUACCGGCUAGCUUUGUGAUGCCGGGGAUAUUCAUGACGGAAAUAUUCUCGUUUAUUCGGAAGCAGGAGGAUGGCUCGUUUAUUCUGGCUACGCCUGUAUCCCCCCGGACCGUUGCUCCAUGGAUUGAUCCUGGUAUCGAUACAGGAAACUUUGUCCGGGCUGCUCUUCAACACCCUCCUUCGGAUAAUGCCAAUAUCAUCUAUGCUGCGAGUGACUACUAUAGUUUUGAGCAAGUUGCGGCAGACUUUACAUCUGUCAUCGGCAAACCCCUCAGCGUGGUCACUAUUCCCAGUGAAAUGUUCAAGGCUGGCCUCGCUGUAUCGCUGCCCCCGGACAUGGUCGAAGAGAUCUACGAGAAUUUGGUCUUGCUCGAAGAGCCCGGGUAUUAUGCUGGAGCUGAUUUGACUAGCAGUCUGGAGCUAUUGUCUGAGAGGCCUGUGAGUUUGAAGGACUUCUUUGAGAGGAACCGGGGGCACUGGGAGUAA